GAUGAUGGUAAACUCUCUGUAGAGAAAUGCCACUUAUCUUCCGAAAUGACUGUGAGAAUGUGGACCUGUCUCAGAUCCUUCAGCUCACUGAACCAUCUCACCAUCUCAGACUCCUCUCUCAGUUUCCCUUCAACUCCUCUUGAGCUUCCAUUCGUCACAAAGCUAUCAGCUGAGAGAGUGACUUUAAAAAGCUAUGAAGGUCUGCUCUCGUCGCUCCCUGGCUUGAGACAUAUCGAUAUCACUAUUGAUGAUGCAGAGAGAGACAUACCUCAUAUCACGGCUGGUCUUCGUCGGACCGGAGGAGAGCAGUUCACGCACAUCACGAUUACAGCACCGUCAUCACUCCCAUCAGAGAAAAGGAGUGUAUCAAGAAAGACGAUGAGAGGACUGGGUCUACUGAUCAGAGAACAAACCAAGAACCUUCAGUGGCUUUGUCUGUCCAGAGUGAAGUGCACAGACGAGGAAGACUUGGUUGAAUUCGUCGAGACUUGCAGACAUGUGGAGACGAUGAAUCAUCUAACGCUUCCUGAAUGUGGUACAAACGCAAACGGUAGACUAGGACUGAACAUCACAUGUAGUGUUAAGCCACUCAGGGUGAUUCCUUUGAAUUCGUAA